AUGGAUAAUCCAAAUUCUACUGGACAUCCGUUCGGCAGCCAGCCGGCGAACGUGCGGCGGCGGCUGCAGUGCGGGCGCUCUCGCAGCCGGCUGGCCUUCUUCGCGUCCCCCUCCGCCAGCACGUCCGCCAGCUGCUCCUGCUCUCCAGUUUUAGUCUGCUUGGAAGUUGUUGGCAUGCAGCAGAAAAACCUGCAGAGUAGAAAGUCAACUGAAAGGAUGCCUAAUAGCGGAAGUUUGGCACUACUUAAUGAGGGAGCUGAUGAAGUCGUACAGAAUUCAGGCCGCGGAAGCAGGAGAAGAUCUCCAGUAUGGAACCAUUUUGAAGAGUUAACAAAUGAAGGAAAAGCAAUCUGCAUCCAUUGCAGAUCAAAGUUGGCUUAUCAUCAAGGUCUUGGAAUAUCACAUCUAAGGAACCAUAUUACAACUGCCUGCAAAGAACUUCCUCCAGAUAUUGAUCGUAGUUCAAUUUUUCCAAAGGGUGUGUCUAGUCUAGUUGUUCGAAGUUCUGUAUUGGAUACAAAGCUAGUCGGGGAUUUCAUGACUAAAUUUUGGAUCACAGCAAAUAUUUCCUUCAAAAAGAUAGAAAAUGGGUUUUUUAAGAGGAUGAUGAUAUUAGCCCACCCAGGCCUUGAAGUUCAUGAUCGACAGACACUCAAGAGAGAUUGCAUGUCAGUGUAUCAAGAAGAGAAGAAAAAGAUUGCAGAUGGUUUUUCCAAUAUAGAUUCUUGUGUUAGCUUCACUUCAGAUAUGUGGAUGUCAGCCCAGAAUCUUGGAUACAUAUGUUUGACUGCACAUUUUGUAGAUGAAGAGUUCAAUCUGCACAAGCAUCUCAUCAAUUUUAAACAAGUUCCUCAUCCUCAUAAUGCUGAUGCAAUUCAUAGUACUAUCAUGGAUUGCCUUCAUGAGUGGGAUCUGUCCAACAGAGCUUUUGCUUUUACUCUAGAUAAUGCCACAUCAAAUGAUGGAGCCAUACAAAAGCUAAAAGAUACUCUUUGGAGACAUAUGCCCUUUCAAGGUAGCGAUCUUCAUGUGAGGUGUACAACUCACAUUCUAAACUUGAUUGUCCAAGAUGGAAUGGAAAUCAUACAGAAUAUCAUUGAGCCUGUUAGGAAUGUCAUUAAGCAUAUUUCAUCAUCUAACUCUCGGCUGCAAAUUUUCAAUACCAUUCCACACCAAUUUAAUCUUCGGCCUAAGAGGGGAUUCACCCUAGAUGUUCCUAUGAGGUGGAACUCUACCUAUGACAUGCUUGAAGAAGCUCUUGAGUAUAAGGAUGCCUUGACCCACUAUGCAAAUCUGCAGAACAUUCAAGGACCCAACCUUGAGCAAUGGAACUUGGCAGAUAGAGUGUGCAAAUUUUUAAAAAAUUUUGCUGAUGCAACCAAAGUCUUCUCACAGCAUAAUUCUCCAAGCUCUCAUAGGUAUGUUGAAGAGGUUUGGGGGAUAAGGGAACUACUCUUUGAUGAAAAAAACAUAAGUGAUAAAUUCUUGAAGGUCUUGUGUGAUGACAUGAAGUCAAAGUUUGACAAAUAUUGGGAUGAACCUAACAAAAUCCUUUUGGUUGCAUCGUUGUUAGACCCGCGGUACAAGUUAGUCUUUUUGAAGUAUUGUCUCAUGAAAGUUUAUGGAGAGGAAGUGGCUGAUAGUAAAGCAAAUGCUGCUCUUAUUUGGUUUAAAGCAUAUUAUUCUCGUUAUGAAAGCAUGCCUCAAAGGAGUUAUCAAAGUAAUGUUUCUUCAUCGCCCGAAGUGGGUGGUUCAGCGAGUCCGCUUUCUUUCUUAUCUGGAAAACGCAAACUGGGGCUGGAAUUUGCAUUGUUUAGGCACCAAAGAAGGCCACAGUGCUCAAGAAGGCCAGAAGUUGACACUUACCUAGAUGAUCCAUUGAUUCCUUCAAGGGAGGGUGAAGAAUUUGAUGUGCUCGGGUGGUGGAAAAGAAACCAAGAUCAAUAUCCUGUACUAGCUAAGAUGUCUCGCGACUUUUUGGCCAUUCCAUUGUCAAUUGUGGCCUCUGAAUCGACAUUCAACACUGCUAGCAUAAUGAUUGACAAAUAUCGCAAUUCUCUAAGUUCAGAAAUGGUGGAAGCACUCAUAUGCGCAAAAGAUUGGCUCAAAGAGUACCUCUCAGAUGAUGAAGAUGAUGAUGGUGAAGUGACUACUGCUUGA